AUGAGCAGAGAACUAUCUUCUACUUCAAUUGAACGUAUCUUUUCUCGUACAUCAUCAUCAUCUAGUAUUAAUGAUCCAACAGAAGGAGAUACCGAUGGUUAUUUAAUACCUAGUGCUGUCAAGUCAUCAAAAACAGUAAAAAUCUGUACAUUAUGUGGUCGAUAUAAAGGUAUUCGAAUGCGUCGUCAUGUAUUUAUUACAGUAUGUAUUACAAUCGUCUUACUUAUUCUUCUUCUUGGUAUAUUAGUUGUACUUUAUGCAAUCAUUCCAGCAAUAAUUCGUUCAAUUAUUGCUAAAGCUCAACUAGAUUUUCGUUCAGUUAAUAUUGAACAAAUUGAAAAUGAUCGUUUUCAUCUUCGAGCUCAAUUAGAAUUAUCACAUACUGGAUCUCUUCCAGCUACUAUACUUCCACCACUUAUUAUUAAUGUGGAUAAUAUUGGAAUAGUAGUUCAUAAUGAAUCCAUUUCUAUAACUGGUGAUACUACUAGUCCGACUGUAAUUCCGAUUAAUUCUCCAUUUAUGGUAUCUGAUAUGAAAGCUUUUCGUAAUUUCUCUCGUUCUCUUAUCUUUGAACCUAAUGUUAUAUGGCAUUUAAAAGCUGAAGCCACUAUACGACCUAUCUCACGUCACAUGCUUUCUUAUUCGAAGAUUCCAUUUAAUAAAGAAGUUACGUUAGGUGCUUUAAAUCGUCUUCCUAAUGUAAGUAUUGAUUCAAUAAGUUUAAGACGAUCAGAUGCAUAUCGAGUACUUAUUGAUCUUAUUAUCAAAAUUACUAAUCCAUCUAUAUUCACUAUUGAUCUUGGUCAAUUGUAUUUUUCUUUACAAUAUAACAAUUGGUCCAUUGGUUAUGUUGAAUCAACUAGUGAUAAUAUUACAAUUCAUUCAGGUGAAAAUGCUAUACAGUUUUUCGGUGAAUUACAAUCUGUAUCGUCGGAAUCUUAUAAUGCUCUUUCUACUGUCAUUCAAAAUUUUCUUACUGGUCAAAUAAGUAAAAUUGAAGCAUUAGCUGGUCCAAAUGCUACAUCAUAUCCUCUACUUGCAGCAGGUAUAAUAGGUCUUUCUUUAAAUAUUCAUAUGCCUCCAUUUAAUGAACAGCUUAUUGCUUCAUUAAUAUUUAAUUCUAUGUCUCUUAUUCCAUCGACAAAUACGAGAAACGUAAUGCUUUCAGCUUCAAUUACUAUUAAAAUAAAUUCACCCCUUGGUCAACAAUCUCCACUUAAUAUCCAAAUGAUGAAUAUGAGUGUUUUUCUUCUCUAUGAAAAUGAUUCUGUUGGAAUGCUUAAUGUUUAUCAAGCUCCAGUUAAACAACUAGAUGCAAUAACAUACGAAUCGCAGUUUAAUAAUAAAUAUUUAAAUCUUACUGAUACAGGUGCAGCAUAUGAAAAAUUUGCUCGAAAUUUUAUUAGUGCUAAUAAGACACAUCCCAUUGAUUUUCGUAUUGUUGGUAUGGCUUCUAUCGUUGGUUCAUUUGCUCUUGGUCCUUUGAAUAUUGAUGGGAUUGUUGUUGAAAAUAAUGUAUCUUUAGUAGGUCUCGAUGGUCUCAACGAUGUUCAUGUUGAUGCAAUUUCUGUUGAUGGUGAACAAGGAGCUGCCCUACAACUUUCAAUUAAUGCAACUAUUAAUAAUCCAGGUGUAACUGAAGUUCAACUACAAAAUUUUUCACUUUACAUGGCGGAAGGAGAAAAUGAUACAAUUCUUGGUCAUAUACCAAUCGAUGUUCUUGCUAUUCUACCAGGAAGCAAUUUAGUUACACUCAAUGGGCUUCUUGCUCCAUCACGUGAAACAGAUCUUCCAGUAAUUGGUAAAUUCUUUUCCGCAUAUCUUAAUGGUCAAACACAACUAGUGACACUUUUUCACAAUCAAUCUUCUAUAAAAAAUGCAACUGCUAUGGAUCUAACAAUAAGUGAUCUAUCAAUGAAAGCUGAUCUUGAUGGAAUCAAAACAAAAUUAAUUCGUCAAGUCAAUGUUCUUAAUUUUGGUAUUGAAUUUGAUUCAGUUCAUGUUAAUAAAGUUUAUAUAACAGGUCGAUUAUCAGUUUUAUUUGAAUUACCAUCUACCAUUAACAUGACAUUUAAAGCAUUAAAAACUAGUAUUAAUUUUACUAUGCAUUGUAAUGAUGAACCAAAUAUGGGUCAAAUGAUUCUUCAUGAUUUACCUGUUGAACAUAAUCAAACAACAAAUGAAUUAUUUAUGAAUUUUAAUAAACAAGAACUUAUUGUUCUGAAUGAUUCAUUAUUUAAAGAAUUUGCUGCUAAUCUUGUUCUAACAACUAAUGUAUCGGUUAUAAUUGAAGGUUUAGCUGCAGCACUUGCCGAAGUUCGAAUAGGAAAUAUUACUCUAUCAAAUAUUCCAAUAAAUGAUACACUUCAUCUUGUUGGUUAUAAUCAAUUUGAUAAUGGACUUCUAAAUAUUGAUAAUAUAGAUAUAAUUGGAGCUAUAUCCUCUCAUACACUUGCUCUUCACAUACGAACACAAAUUAUUAAUCCUUCUGUUGUUAAUAUUCUUAAUGGUGGUCGUCUUUCCCUUGAUUUAUGUGAUAUCAUAAAUGGUACAUCACUUGGUUUAAUUAAUAUUGAUCCAUUCUAUCUUCAACCACAAGGUAAUAUUACUGUACUUGAUGCUGAAGGUAUUUUUAAUGUUACUAAACAAAAUACUGCUAUAGCGCGAGAAUUUAUUUCACAUAUGAUUUCCGGUAUUGACAAUCAAGUAGAAUUACGUGGUAGUCUAGAAGAUAAUUCAACUGGCACUUCUAUACCAUUACUCUCAUUAGCUAUUGCUAAUCUUCGUAUUCAUACAAAAGUUCCUGGUCUUUCUCGAGAGAAAACGCUUGUUCCAGAGAUUAUUCUUAAAAAAUUAACUGCUGCUGAAAUAUUUGAGAUUCCACUUGGUCUUGUUAAAACAUUAUUAACACGUAUUCGAAUUGUAAAUCCUUUUAGUACACCUUUAGUUAUUCCAAAUAUAAACAUAAGAGCUGAUUUCGGUCCUAUAGUUGAUGAAGAUCUACAAGUCGGUAUUGUUAAUGAUAAUAGAUCUCUUACUAUUGAUCCUCAUCAAGAAUUGAUAACUCAUUAUUUAACUGUUAAACUUACAGGUAAAUUAAGUACCAUGGUUGCUCUAUUAGGCCCUCUAUUGGCUGGUAGUGCUCGUCUUUCGUUAUCGGGCGUUAUCGGUGUUAGUGUUGGAGGUGAUUUUGUUUUAACUGAACUACCGCUUACUGUACUAAAUGUAACUACAGAUCAAGAACAUUCAUGGUAA